UUUGUUGACAAACAAAGCUCCUGCUGCCUGCUAAGUUGAACAUUGGUCGUACAAUGUCAACGGAGCUCUAUGCGUUACACGCAUCGCAUAAUCCUGUCAGUAGUCAUCGUCGCUACUUUCUUCUUCUUCCGUGCCCUUUACCGACGGACAGACCGCACGGGCCGUCUCUCCGCCUCCGUACGGAACUGGUGGGCCGGGGACAUCGUGGACUUCGACAAUGCCGACAACGUGACGGGCUUCGACUGGCCAAUCGUUCCCAACGUCGUUCACUUCGUACGCCUAGGCAACGCAUCACUCACCUUCACUGAGGCUGUUUGCAUCCGAGCCGCGUGGAUACAACAGCGGCCCACCUCGCUCAUCGUGCAUUGCGACCGGUGCGAGGAGUCGACGCGCUCGAGUCCUCACUGGCCACUGGUCGCCGGGAUUCCCGGCUUGCGGCUCGCGACCGUCAAGAGGCCGCGCAACAUAUUCGGCAAGCGGCUCAGCUCCAUCUACCACGCGUCGGAUAUCGCCAGGCUCCGGAUUCUGCGCAAGUUCGGCGGCAUCUUCCUCGAUGGUGACUCGUACCUUGUGCGCUCCUUGGAGCCGUUCCGGCGCUUCGAAAUGGCACUGGGAUGGUACCCGAAUCAAGCCCUCGGCACUCAGGUUCUUGUUGCCCACAAGAACGCCCGGUUUCUCCGACUUUGGUACAACUCAUACCGAUACUACCGUCCCGAGCUGUGGUACUGGAAUGCAGGACGGCUUCCCACAGAAAUGAUUCUGGUGCCAAGGCCACACCUUGUUCACCGCGUGCCUUAUGACUUUGGCGUGCACAAUGUGGCGCACCUCUUGUACGGUGUCUGCAAGCCCGACUGGAGACAGUACUUUGCUAUUCACCUCUUGUUUCGACACCGGGACUACUUGGUCACCUCAGAUACAUUCGGACCAUUGACAGUGUUUAACGUGGGCCGCUACAACACGACAUUUGGCCAGAUGGUCAGGCUGGCUCUGUUUGGAACAACAAGACUCGGAGACCACCACACUUUGAAAGACCCUAAAUGGUUUCUCGAAAAUGAGCUAGAGUAUGUCCUGGAUGCUUGCUAACUUAAAGUGUUGGGGCACUCGACUGCCAGCCAGCCUUUGAUGCAACUUCUCCCUUGUGACCUUGCCCAGCCGCCCUAGCAGACUUACUGCACCUCUUGUGGAGUUGUCUCAGGCUGUGCUCAUCAAGGCAUCACUACCUGCUGAAAGUGGGACUACAUCCAAGCUGCCCACCGGACAACCAUCUGUAAAUAUAAUGUCCAGAUCAUAGAUACCUGCUGGAAUUCAUUGAACGAACUGAGGUCUCUAGAGGCCUCUUUCUGAAAUUUGGGCAUUGGUUCUUGGCACAGCGCAGCACCACAUGGGGAGCAUGCCAUGUGACGUCCAUGCAGAUAUAAAUGAACAGUUUGCUGCACGACCACCGCAUGUUGUAGUGUGUGCUGUGUCGAUGUGCACCUCCUGACGAAGGGACAUCCUCAGUGUUCUCUCUCCUUUCUCUCCCUCUUUUUGCCCUUUAACCCCCUUCCCCUGUGUAGGGUAGCAAGCUGGACAGGCAUUUGGUCGGCCUGCAUACCUUUCUUUUUCUCUUCCCUUCCUCUCACCGAGCAGAACAAGCUACUGUAUUUGCUCAAAUACAGGCCGAUACUUUUUUAAAAGACAAUGGGUACGAAAGUUGGGAGUCAGUUCAGAUUUGAGAAUGCAGUUUAACCGCAGCCGCCAGACACUCAGUGCAUUUUGGAUCCACAGUAUUCUAGGCACUAUAUUGCAACACCGCCUCAGGGACCUGGCAGCGUGCCACAAGAUCUGGGAGGUCAAGAUUGCAGCUGAUGGGUUGAUGUGCCUCGUUUUUUUUAAAAUGUAGCGUCUCGUCGUUAGCAAGGACAGUGCACUGUAGGAACAGGUUAAAGACAUAUAGGCUAGGCAUAUUGACAAAGAUGACAACACGUUAAUGUUGCACGUGCUUGCAAUGGCUGUCGGAGACCUUAAUAACAUGCAUGUUCUUUUUGCAGUCAAAUGCCUUCUUUUCAUUUAGUUUACAUUUUAGUAAAGGUUUUAAUUUCCUGGCCUUUUGAGUUUUGGGCAUUUGCCUACAAUCGAGGCUGGCAUAGAUUUGAGUAGAUACAGUAUGUAUGUGUACGUAUAAGGUACUUCACCUGUUUUAUGUCAUAGGGCAAACUUUCACAUUAAAAGAAAGCGUAUUGAAGAUUUUUGCGAGAAAGGGGGGAGAGAAGUCUCUCAGUUUGUAGACAAAUAUGCUUUUUGAUUGUCAGCCUGGCUGCUAACCAUGUGUUCAUUAAGACCAUGUUCAUAAUGCAUUUGUUUGUCGUGACUUAUAUAUUGCCAGGCAUGUUUUGUAAGGUUGUGCUUGAUAAGCAUUGUCACAUUCAAGUCAUUGUGCGAGAUGUGCUUGCGAUAUCAUUGUUAGCGAAUCUCAGAAUCCCACAUGUAGAAAGACAAACUCAUCUAGAGUGUAAAAAUUACUGUAGCAUAUUCUCAAAUUUUUUGUCAUUGGAUUUGGCAUUACCAAAUCCAUACUGCUAACUUAUUACCACUGUUGUUGAAAAGCGUACAAUUAUUGCAUUCUACUGGUGCUAACAUAUGUGGUAGAAACUUGCAAGUUAACAAACAAGCUCAAAAACAAGUUAAGGGAUGCACAAAGAGCAAUAGAAGGAAAAAUUUUCUGUGUAACGCUAAGAGGCAGUAAGGGAGCAGUGUAAAUCAGAGAGCAAAUGGGGAUAGCCGAUGUUCUAGUUGACAUUAAGAGAAAGAAAUGGAGCUGGGCGGGCCAUUUAAUGUGUAGGGUGAGGAAGUUAGGAAAUUUGCUGGUGCAAGUUGGAACCAGCCAGUGCAAGACAAGGCUAUGAACUCAAAGUUCGGGUGGACCUUCUAAGGGAGCCCCGAGCACUCGUCGUUAAAGGCAGUUAACUCCUGAGUCAUGGUAUGCAUGGUGAAGACAAACGUAGAGGUUGAUGACAAGCUAAUCCAUUCAAUUCUGGAACUGGAGAGUAUUGGUAUAUCUGAUACUGCGAACAAGGAACUUGAGAUAAGCUCAACCAGGCAGCACUUUGAGAAAACAAUAGAGCUACAUGGUGGCAGAUACGAAGUGUCGUUGCCUUUGAAAACUAGGUUUGAGCUGUGUGAUAACAAUGAAGCUGCGAUUACCAGGCUCAAGAAACUUUUGAGCCGCUUGUCCAGCAAGGAGGAUCUUCUACAGACUUAUGAUGCCAUGAUUUGUGACUAUAUACAGGCCGGUCAUGCGGAAGUUGUAAAAGACCCACCUCAAAAUCUGGUGAAGGUUUAUUACAUAAAGAAGUUAUCUGACAACAAGCACUGACAACAAAGGUAUGAGUUGUCUUCAAUGCGUCGUCGAGAACAUGGGGAUGCAAGUUGCUUAGCGAGUGCUUGGAAAAAAGCGACAACUUAUAUCAGGACCUUGUCAAAAUAUUACUGCGCUUAGAACGCACCCCAUCACCAUAAUGGCAGAUAUCGAGAAAGCCUUCCCUCAGAUUUCGAUGCAAGAAGAAGACGGAGAUGCCUUUCGAUUUCGGUGGUUCGAAGGAGAUGUUGCUGAGCUUCUGCAUAAGGUCGCGCAGGAAUGGAGCAUGACCAGAGUACCUUUCGGAGCAACGCGCAGCCCAUUUCUGCUGACGGCAACCAUUUUUCACCACGUAAGAGCACCACCAAGUAUGUCUUCGGGUGCCAAGACUUUGGGCGAGUCGUUUUACAUCGACGAUUUAGUGACAGCAGCCGAUUCAGAGGAUGAAGCUGCCCUUCCAAGAGCUAACCGAGCCUUCCGCUUGGAAGUAUUGCCUUGGUACUGAAAAUUCUGCCGACCUGUUGACACGAGGUGUAUCUGUUGACCAGAUAGCUACAAGCAGCUCUGGCUAGGGCCUCACUGGCUUCAGGAUCCUGAACACACCUGGACAUCACAACCACUAUGACCAGUGCACAACACAGUCGUCCAUUGUGAAAAGGUCGCCGUUCAGGUGUCGCUUACCACUGACGUCAUGCGUCCACUAAUUGUAAUGGAGCAUUACAGCAGACUUCAUAAGCUGCUGAGAGUUACAGCAUGGGUGCUGAGGUUCGUCAGUUGCUGCAGAUAUAAUGGCAGCGAUAAAGAAACUGGUCCCCUCAUGGUAGAGGAGCUAUCGAGAUCCAAACAAUACUGAAUUUAACUAGUGCAAGAUGAGUUUUUCACACAGAAAUCAAAAGCUAUCUCAGAAUGGCAUUUAUCGAUGUAAUGUCACUCAUCGCAGGUCUCAACCCAUUCCAGGACAAAGAUAGGAUACUUCGGGUUGGUGGCUGUUUAAUGCUAAUGGAAUUUCUGGAAGGUGUCAAGCAUCCGAUUAUACUGGCCAGUAAUCACCACUUUUCAAGGCUAAUCGCAAUCAAAGCACACUGCGAAGUACUUCACGGAGGUGUGUGAGAUACACUGACGCAGUUGAGAGAGCACUUCUGGAUGUGCAAAGCACGAAGCCUGGUGAAGAAAGCAACCAUGGAAUGUUACUUGUUCAAACAUUACACCGUUACACCAAGCAGCGCUCCAGUAGCUCUGCUCGCAAAGCAUCGGGUAACGCAAGCACAUACGUUUGAAGUGGUCGGAGUGAACUUUGUGGGACUUUCCUUCAUAAGGACACCAUUAAGAGAUAUGAAGAACUACAUUUCUCUAUUCAUGUGCACAGCUUCGAGUGCGAUCCACUUAAAACUUUUAUGCGGCGUGACAUCUGAAGCAUUCUUGGAUGUCCUCGCAUUGCUUUUGUGCCCGACGAGGCCUUUCCCUAGUCAUCUGUUCUGACAAUGCGAGAGCUUUCAAGAAAACGUCAGGGGAUCUGCAAAAGCUUUGCAGAAUGCCACUAGGAGAUGAUGUCACCAGACAGCUGAGCAGUAAAGGCAUCAAAUGGAAGUUUAUUGUACCAAACGCUGCAUGGUGGGGGGGGUGAAUGGUGGCUUGUAAGAUCGUUCAGGAUUUCACUCGGCAAACUUCAGUUCUUGAUCUUGUUUUUCUUACUACAUCUCUUUUUAAUACCGGUUGUGAAUGCGAUGUUAUUGAUUGAAUAUCUGACCACAAUGCUGUGUUAAUUUCAGUUACAGGCAUCGUCCUUGAAUCACGCUAUAUCUACUGCACAUUUCCCGACUUUAACUGCGCUGAUGAUUUGGCAAUAACAGAUGCCCUAUGCGGUUUUUUUAGAGUUUGAACUCAUAAGUGCCACUGAUGAUACUAUUACCUUGACAAGUUUCUUCGAAAAUCUUGUCAGUAAGUGUGCCAACCUUCUUAUUUCUUUAAAAGCAAAGAAAACAAACACUGAAAUUCCUUGGAUGACUAGGGACCUCUUGCAUAUAUCACGCCGUGUGGCCAGAUUACGACAAUCGAAACGCUCUAGUGUUUCAACAAACUCAUGCAGCUCCAUAGCGCUAAAUAGGAACUUUGUUCUAAAAUGGUUGCUGCAAAAGAAUUUUAUUACAAGGUAACCUUGCCAUAAUUAAUGAUGACUAAUCCCCGUAAAUUUUGGAAAGCUAUCCUACCACCUAGGUCAUCCUCGCACACAUUAAUAACUAACAAUGUUGCAGUUUCGAUUUGCGACAAUAAACUUCAUUUAAUGCCUACUUCCACUUUGACUUUGCGACUAAUAAUUCUGUAACCCUUGUUUUUGAUUCCGAACCAUACCCUCCAAUCGACGAAAUAUCACUGUCUCCUGAGAGUGUAUUUAACUUAAUCCUAAACAUAGACACCAAGAAGUCGUGGUCCUGAAGGUAUCCCGACUGCUUUUUUCAUUCGAUACUCUCUUUGGGGCAGCAGAUAUCUAACACUUAUCCUUAGAAAAUUUCUCCCAACCACCAUCGUUCCUCCCUCGUGGAAACUAACUUCAAUUCUGCCCUUAUUUAAGUCGGGUAACAUUCAAUUGUUAUCUAACUAUAGGCCAAUCUCCUUAACAGCACACUUAAUGUAAAUUACUCGAACACAUUAUCUUUAAACAUAUUAUGGAAUUUCUUGAAAAUAACAAAAUUUUAUGCACUUUCCAGCAUGGCUUUAGACGUGGCCUUAGCACUAUAACACAAUUGACAGAAUUUGUUCACGACAUCAGCAGCUCUUUAGACAUAGGUGACCAGAUUGAUGCUAUUUUUAUAGACUUUGCAAAGGCCUUCGACACUGUUUCACACCCUCAACUUAUGCACAAGCUGUUCGCUGUACUAAAAAAUGCAUCUUUGGUUGGCUGGAUAUCACUCUUUCCCAGCAUUUGCGAUAUGUAUGUUUCAAUUCUACUAACUUACCCUUGAUGCCUGUUUCAUUAGAGGUUCCCCAAGGCUCAGUACUGGGUACUCUUUUAUUCCUGCUUUAUAUUAAUGAUCUCCCCUACACACCUCAGUUAAAAUAUGCCUUCUUGCAGAUGAUUGCAUUUUAUAUCAUGCAAUUAAGUCUCCUGCUGAUCAUGUUGUCCUUAACAAUUAUUUUGCUCACUUCUGUAACUGGUCGAAAGCAUGGCAGAUGAAUACCAACUUUUCCAAAACUACCUCCAUAUCCUUUACACGAUGCUCAUGCCCUUCCUUCUUUGCCUAUGCCUUUAACAAUAUUACUUUAAAUAGGGUCUUCGAAUUCAAAUAUUUAGGUAUCCUACUAACACAUGAUUUGUCAUGGUCAAAACACAUUUAUGUCACCUAUAACGAGGCCCUUAAAAGACUAGGUUACUUACAUUGUACACCGUGUCUUGCUUCUCAAGAAACUACACUUCUUACAUAUAAAACCCUCAUUCACCCCAUCCUCGAAUAUGGCUGCGUUGUAUGGAAUCCAUACAAACACUGUGACGUCAAAAAAAUUGAAUCAGUGCAAAAAAAAGGCAGUGUGUUUUGUUUGUAGGAGAUAUGAUAAGGAAUUUUUGCCAUCUAACUUUCUUCCCCUACUUGGUCUCAUUCCUCUUGCAGAGCGCCGUAAACUUGAAUGCCUAAAAUUCCUUCACACAUUAAUCAAUUCUCCUUGCCUCUCCUGCCUACUCUUGCAAUUGCCUCAUUGAGGCUGCAGUAUGUAUUAAUAAAUAAAUGAAUAAAUAAAUAAAUAAACUGUAAUGACACCACUUUACAAGGUUCUUCAAAGAGCCUGCCUAAACUCUGAAGAACUCAUGACAGUACUAGCAGAAGUUGAAGCCAUCAUCAAUUCUAGACCACUUACUUUCAUUGGGUUGGAAGACGGCAAACCAUGCACUCUGACUCCGGCCGAGCUGUUGAUUGGCUGUAGGUUCACAAUGAUACCACAAAGCAAUAGUGAGGAACCAGAGAUACCGACGCGUACGGAGGCUGUCCAGAGACUUCAGUACAGAAGGCGCCUGACGGAAAACUUUUGGAAACGAUGGACCAAAGAGUACUUACUCCAGCUUAGAUGAGCGCACUUCUGUGACAAAUGGGGCAAGAACAAAGUUAAAGGCGAUGUAGUACAUGUUAAAAGCCCUCCACGUCAAAUGUGGUAACUCGUAAAGGGGAUGGAAGUCUACGGAAGAGAAGAUGGACACGUUCACUCUUGCAAGAUAAAGCGACAAGACGGCCUUGUGACAACAAGGGCCAUCCAAAGACUGUAUCCGCUAGAAAUACAGGCGUUGCCGCACUUCUCAGCCAGGAAUAUGUUGAAUUUUCCGCACUCUUCCUACAUGAACAAAGAUGAUCCUGGGGCCGGGGAGCACGUGAUCACAUUCGAAGAGAAAUUGGGGGCCAUCUUUUACUUUCUGGGCUCAGAUGGACGCUAAUAAACACCUUUCUGAGUCUUAAGUCUCUGUCGGCUGUUCUGUGUACCAUAUAGGUAUUCCAUAGCCUUUAUAAAUAGAGAACAGCACGAUAGUUAUGUCAUACACUUCGAUGACCACAGACCAUGCUUGUUGCUUUCACUGCCACCAAGUUGUACCUUGGUUUAUUAAAAGUUGCCCGAUGAACAGUUUACUUCCAAGUUGGUCAUUUUUUGGCCUCCCUGCUGGCCAGCACCCGUCACUAUUGCAUGACAAUAUCAUAGGUCACUUUCAGGCUCGUCGCAAUCAAUAUUGUCCACACGUACAUUAUGGCGCAUAAGACCCAUAUUAUAUGUAAGGAGAGGUGAGUUUGAAUCACGGCAAAUGGUUCAUAAUUGUCAAAAACUAACUAUAGUGGGCUGUGUCAGCUUUUUUGCUUUGUUGCUCAGCUUGGCUUCUGUAAGUUGUGAGAUGAAAACCUGCUCUCACUAUUUUCCCAGCAUCUGGCUUUCUGCAGAGAUAAACCUUUGAGAAAUAAAUCUUUUUGAACUCCCAUCAGAACCCAAGCAUUGUUAAUUUCACUGCCUCAUUCUGAAUGUUGUGUUUGGACUGCUUCAAAUUUCUCUGCAUUAUAAGGCAGUUCCCAGCAUCUUAUGUCAGAAAUGAAAAACACUUUUUCUUUGGUGUUCGUGCGUGCCUGUCUCAAGCACUGCAGUACACUCGACAGCUGCAACAUGGGACAGUAUUGCCUCUUGGUGCUUGUAUUGUGUCUUGAUGGGAUUGGAUUGCCUGUUUUCACAAUUAUUGGCCUGAAAUUAAAUAUCCUUCAGUUCCUUG